AUUUUCUUCCUUAAAAUGAAGAUUCUUCUUCUCGUAAUGCUUCUCUGCUACUCCUUCGCCUUCUCUUCCGGAGAUACGACUAUUCACACCAACAAUUGGGCUGUCUUGGUCUGCACCUCUCGCUUCUGGUUCAACUACCGGCACAUGGCCAAUACACUGUCCCUGUAUAGGACAGUCAAGAGACUUGGAAUACCAGACGAAAGGAUCAUUCUGAUGCUGGCUGAUGAUAUGGCCUGUAAUGCCAGAAAUGAAUAUCCUGCUCAAGUUUUUAACAAUGAAAACCACAAACUUAACCUCUACGGAGAUAACGUUGAGGUAGAUUAUCGUGGGUAUGAGGUAACAGUCGAAAAUUUCUUGCGGGUUUUGACUGGGCGUCAUGAGAAUGCUGUUCCAAGGUCAAAGCGUCUCCUCAGUGAUGAGGGUAGCCACAUUCUACUCUACAUGACCGGGCAUGGAGGUGAUGAAUUUCUCAAGUUUCAGGAUGCGGAAGAGCUCCAGAGUCACGAUUUAGCAGAUGCUGUCAAACAAAUGAAAGAGAAGCGCAGAUUCAAGGAGCUGAUGAUAAUGGUUGAUACUUGCCAAGCUGCCACUCUCUUUAACCAGCUUCAAUCACCUGGUGUUUUGGCUAUUGGUAGCAGUCUUAAAGGAGAAAACUCAUAUUCUCAUCACCUGGACUCAGACGUAAGUGCUCUUUACUAUUUCAUGAAUGGAAUGUACAUUACGAUUGGUGUGUCUGUUGUAGAUCGGUUUACAUAUUACACGCUUGCGUUCUUUGAGAGGCUCGAUAUCUAUGACAAUGCAUCACUUAACAGGUCCUACGAUCCGAGACAGCUAAUGUCUACUGCCUAUUACCGUACGGAUCUUUACCAGCCACAUCUGGCAGAGGUACCGGUCACAAAUUUCUUUGGUUCAGUUAUGGAGACAAUUCAUACUGAUUCAGCUUACGAAGCCUUCUCAAGUAGAAUCUCCAAUAGUAAGAUCAAUGCCGACAUGCCACUCGAUCAACAUCCCGAGCACGAUCUGAAAGAAAAUCUUCAGAAUGCAAACAACCCAAACGAUGAUUUGAAAAACGAGAAGCAAAAAUGCCCAUAUACACAAAUGCGGGCAGACCUCCAGGAGAAACUGGAGAAGCUUGAAAAUGUCGAUACAAUGGUUAACCUCAGCAUAGCGGUGAUGGUUCUCGUUGUAAUUGUGUCAUCAUCCUUGUUAUGA